AUGGAUGAUGAUAAUGGGCUUGAGCUUAGUUUGGGCCUAUCUUUGGGCGGGUCAUCAGGGAAGGCCAAGGCUAGAGGUGCACCUCUAGAACCAAAAGCAGAACCCCAAGUGGAAGAAAGCAGUAGCAAAGGUGGCUCACAAACUCCUGAUGCUCCUUUUGGGAAAUUUUAUCAAAAGAGCGCUGAAAACCAAGAACAGAAUAGUAAACAGAGGCACAGCCCUGUAGCACCACAAUUCGGGAACUUCUGGGGACAACCAGGGAGUUCCUCUGGUCCAGUGGCAGAUGGAUCUGUUGAACCAGUGAGCCAUCAACCCCAGCUUUCCAGUUAUCAGGAUGGAAGGAUGCCAAAUAACAGUGGAAAUAAUUCUGAGGAGCAGAAGCCAGUCUCGAGUAACCGCAAGUUACUUUCUGAAGACAUAAACUUUCAAAAGAAGCAUCAGGCAGCUAGUGACCAGCCUGAUGCAUUCAGUAAGAGCUCUGAUGGAGGUGUAAAAAAUGCACCUAUCUCAAUUAGUACGGAUGAUGGUUCAACUGGUGAAAAUGAGGACGUUGUAGAGUCAGAAGCAGAAGGCUCAAAUUCUUGGUUGGUUGCACAGCGUGAAGACAGUGCUAAGGGCUCUGUUGUUAACAAGGGAUCUGAUAGGAAAAGAUCCGCCGAUGAUGCUGCAGUUGGUUUUCAAGGAAAGAGGCAACCAAGUUUCUCAGGAAGUGAGUCCAGCUCUGGAAAGCUGACACCUGGGAAUCCGUUAUCGAUGCAGGCAUCAAAUGCAGUGGCUGUGCCAUAUCAAGUCCCACCUCAAGUUUCUGGACCUCCUACCAUAACAAAUGCACCAAAUUUUCACCCGGUAUGUACUGUGCAGUUGAAGCCACCCACAAACGAUGGACUAGCUGUCCAGACAAUGGGUAAUGCAUCUCAGGUUGCUUUUGGUUACCCAGCAGUCCAACUACCAACACUUGAAACAAGCUCUUCAUGGGCAUUUGGUGCUCCACCUCAGGCUGUGUCUUCUUUUACUGCAAAAGACAAAGCUGAACAAACAGGAACCAAGCAAGCUGACGAUGGCAAGAAGCCUCAGGAGGCAGGUGCUUCCUCGUCUGCUCAUGCUGAAGAUGAGAAAAAGGCUGAUAGAGGACUCUCUCUUAUGGGUUCUGCCAUAAGGCCAGGCAUCGCACCAAAUGUCAAAUUUGGAGGGUCUGGAUCAUAUCCGGAUCUUCCCUGGGUUUCUACCGUCGGCACUGGACCAAAUGGCAGAACCAUAUCUGGUGUGACAUAUAAGUUUGGUAGAAACGAGGCUCCAUUAUUAAGAUUCUGCUCACUUCCUGGAGCUCCUCCGCCACCCGGUUUUGUAUCUUCCUUGUCUCUGCCUAGGUGCUCUGUGGAUGCGCUCGCUUCUACGACGCCGAUGGGCAUGUCGAUGGAGCCUCCCCGCCGCUGCUUAGACCAUGUUCCCGACCAGCACCUUGUGGCACAUCGCGAGCAUGGCCAUGGCCUGGACAAGCGGUGGUGCGCCACGAGAUCCUCAUCAAAGAGGAAGGCGAGCGCAACAUCACGGUUGGAGGUGUACCAUGAGCUCCUUGACGGUAGUCUUGGCCGGAGCGCGGGCGCAGUCAAUGCAGUCAAAGACGGCCCCGUUCAGAAGCAACCUUGGGCCAAGUGCGAACGCAGCGGAGCUCACGAGUUUGGCUCGAGCUGGUAA